CUCCGUGGAAUCCGCGGAAUCAGUGCCCUCUUAUCUAGUCUCCCCUUAACCGCCGGGAUACCCGCCAGAAAGUCGCGAGGGAUGCUCACCAGGUCGAGGAUGCGAAGAGAGGGGCCAGAAUAGGGAACGAUCGCGGGAGCGAUGAAGACCUGAACCGAGCCAUGGAAACGUUCCUAUUGAUCCUGCUGGUGGCGAGGUGCUUUCUGGAACCGGGAACUGAGGGCGCGAUACGUCGCAGACAUCCGACGAACAAUGGGCCCGAGGAGAAUGGACCGGCGAUUACGGAGUCAAUUAAGGAAGUCUUGGCCCAGACGAAAGGAACUGCGGUGCUGCCCUGCAAACUCACGGAUCUUAGUGCCGGAACGAUCACCUGGGUCAGGAAGAAGGACAAUCAGCUUUUGACCGUCGGCACCACGACGCACUCGACGGAUUCGCGAUUUGAGAUCAACCCUGCCGAUCCCGAGAGAUCUCUGCGCAUCAAGUGGGUGGACUACGGCGACGCGGGGCUCUACGAGUGUCAGAUCUCCUCGGUGCCUCCUCGCCACAAGUACGUGCGUCUUAACAUCACGGAGGCCUACUCCGUGAUCCCAGGUGCGCCCGAUCGGCACAUCAAACAAGGGUCCAGCUUGCGUCUGGAUUGUCAGCUGAAGUCCUCGACGGAACCGCCGCUUUAUGUGUUUUGGUACCGAAACGGCACCAUGAUCAAUUACAACGCGGAGCCUGGUCUGAAGGUGGACCUCAGCAAGACCGGGUCCACCUUGCUGAUCAACAGGACCAAGUUGAGCCACGCAGGGAACUACACCUGUUCGCCCAGCAACGCCAAGUCGGCGUACAUCGUCGUGCACGUGAUAGAAGAGGAGGAGAAACCAGCCGCGAUGCACGGGGGUGACCGGCACAACUCCUCGUCGAGAGCAUCCUGCAGUCUUUCCCUGCUGUGUGCAUCGCUCCUCGGGCUGGAAAUUUUCCGGAAAAGAUUCCAAUUUUUCCCAACGGUGGUCACGUGACCAGCCAAUGGACAUUUUGGAGGUUUUCCGUGAGCUCGACGCAGCGCCGUUAAGCCGAAGGAGCCAAAAAAAAGAGUCCAGGGGCGAUGCGAAUUCCAGGGAUACUCCCGGAAUUCCCGGGACUCCUGGGAAACGGAAUUCCUGUCCAGGAUCUUCUCUCACCGGUGGCCGGCCUCGAAUUUCUCCGCAGGAAUCGCCCAAGUUCCUCCAGAGGCGUCCCGACCGGAAAUCCGUCACGGAUGAGAAUGCCGAAAGGUGCGAAAGAAACGCCCGUUGAAACGCUCUUUGAAACGCCCGUCGAAACGCCCGAUUUCGACCCUGUACAUAGAACCUGUAAGAUACAACGCUUCGGAGAAUUGAACUUUGAUGUCCAACCUACUUAAGCUAGUUAUCAGGAAUUUAACGAUCAGUACCUUCGAGUUAAUCGCACAGAGUUACAGCGUUACAGCUAAAGUGUCGAGCCCCUCCGAAUUCCGAAAGUUCUUCCACACUAGGCGACCCCCGAGACUCAUUUCGAGGUGGGGUUCCUUUUUCCGCGUAAAAACACGUGUAUAAAAAAUCAGGGAAACCAGGGAACCGGAGGAGGAACAGGAGGUUCCUGGUUCCUGACCGGUGGUUCCUCUUCGAUCAUGGGACGCGGUUCAAAG